AUGGCAUUUACAGGUUCAUUUUCCGACGAUUACUCCGAUCCCGUCCCUCGGACCUGUCCGGACAUUCAAGGAUUCUGCGAAAAUUAUGCCCUGCGACGUCACAAAUUUGAGGAUUGGGCCAACGCAGGAUCCCAACAAUGCCGAGACGAUUGGGAGCAGUAUAUCGGCCCGAUAGAGCGCUGGGGAUGCUGUAAUCCGUGGGAGGGUCACUUCUCCGCGGUCGUCUUGCCCUUUUGCCGGCCCGAUCGUAUUGCCAUCAUCAGCUACUGUUUCGAAUAUGCAUUCAUGUACGAUAACGUGGUUGAAUCAUCCGCCAAAUCCACAGUGAACAACAACACAGACGACAUUGCCCUCGAUGAGACGGAAUACCGAACCGUGCGGUCGGUCACUGGGACCAAACAGAUCCAGUCAAAAAUGUUACUCGACCUCCUGUCAAUCGACCCUGCAUGUGCUGAGGUUGUCAUUGACUCCUGGAAGACAAUGAUCAACACAACCGCAAAGCAGGACAAGACGCGCGCAUGCAGUAACCUGGAAGAAUAUGUCGACUACCGUAUCGUUGACACUGGAGCACCAUUUGUGGACACAUUGAUGCGUUUCGGAAUGGACAUCCUCCUCACGCCCGAGGAAGAGGAGCUUGUCGCUCCUAUUGUCAAGCCGUGCUAUGCUGCCCUCGGACUUGCCAACGACUACUUCUCUUCUGAUAUCGAGUGGGAAGAGUUUCAAAGUUCAGAAUCAAGCCAGACCGCCAUGACAAAUGCCGUCUGGCUAUUCAUGCAAUGGCACCAGGUUGGCAAAGAGGAAGCGAAAAGGCUCGUUCGGCAAGUCACAAAUGACUACGAAAGAGAGUACCAGCAACGAGUACAGGAAUAUAUUGCCGGCGAAGGGAAGUCCAAUAGUAAGAUCCAAUUGUACCUCACUGCAUUGGGAUACCAGAUUCCCGGAAAUGUCACCUGGAGUCUGCGAUGUCCUCGGUACCACCCCUGGUUGUGUGAGGAGGGCAGUGCCCUCUUGCAAACGUCGAUGGAGGAGGCUCGCGACUUGCCUAACGUAGGUAAAAGACGGAGUGUCUCAGAAGUUAGUCUCUCGUCCGAGUCCUCCGUCUGGUCUGGAACAAGCGAUCGUUCUGCACGCUCAUCAGUGUCCUCGGCACCUUCUCUCGACGAUAGGGAAAAGGAGCGCGACCGUGUUACGCUUGGAACGGAGCAUCUCCUUGCUCCAGCAGAGUAUAUCGCCUCACUCCCCUCCAAAGGAGUUCGCGAGGCUUUCAUCGACGCGCUGAAUGUGUGGCUUGCUCUCCCGGAUCGUUUCGUAAGCGUCAUGAAAUCCAUUGCAAAGACAUUGCAUAAUGCCUCUUUGAUGCUGGAUGACAUCGAAGAUGGUUCCCCUCUGCGUCGGGGCCAGCCCGCGACACACACCGUCUUCGGACAGGCGCUCACCAUCAACUCCGCUAACUUUGUCCUCAUUCAGGCGAUGGACCAAGUGAGGUUGUUAGAGGACUCGCGCUGUCUCGACAUCUUCGUGGAAGAGACGCGUAAUCUGUUCAUCGGUCAGAGCUUUGAUCUGUACUGGACACGACAGGACGAGUGUCCUUCAGAGGAAGAAUAUCUCGAGAUGAUCCGCCAAAAAACCGGUGGUCUCUUCCGGCUAUUGGCUCGAUUAAUGAUGCAAAAGGCAACAUCAAAGAAGAACCGAUGCCUCCCGUUGGAACCUCUUGUCGACCUUAUGGGAGAAUACUUUCAGAUCCGAGAUGAUUACAAGAACCUUGCCGAAGAGGUCAGUUUACCCACACAGAACGACUACACAUGCAAGCUGACCCAAAAUCGCAGUAUACCGGACAAAAGGGCUUUUGCGAGGAUCUAG